AUGCAGCCCAGGGUUAUCCCUGGUAGCAUUGCACCUCACCAGUUUGCAGAGCCUGUGAUAGGAGAGAUUGAUAAAUCUAAAGGGGUAGUGCUUGAUAGUAAAAGUCUAGAGGUGGUCAGUAGUAACAAUGACUUGGAUAGUUCUAAGGGCAUGGACAAGGGUGAUAGCAAACUAGGGUCUAGUUCUUUUGUACCUAUGGAUCUUGAUGGUUCAAAGGCACAGGAUUUGGAUCUUAGCAACCUUGUACAUGUCCCUGUUGGCCAAAUCCAGCAACAGGGCCCUGUCCCUAAGUCUCAAAAGUCUUUUAUUAGACUUACUAGAAGUAAAAUUGUAGAGCCUAAAAAUAGUAAAUCUGAGAAGCAGGAAUGGAGUCAGAUCCUAUUCAGUGGAGGAUGUGCUAGUAAAGCUAAGGAAAUGGCUGGAAGAUGGAUUGGUCAGAGGAUGGAGAAGAGUGGAGAUUCACAUUCAGAACAAGCAGCUCCUCAGACUGUUGAACACAAGAAAUGGCUUUGA